CCGACGUAUGCCCAAGACAGGAUUCUCUCAACGCCUCCUCAAGCUGAUUACAUUUGGCGAAUCAUUGUCAUGUUUGGCGCUUUACCCGCGGCUUUGACCUACUACUGGCGUAUGAAGAUGCCUGAAACUGCCCGCUACACUGCUUUAGUUGCCAAGAACAUUAAGAAAGCCACACAAGACAUGUCCAAGGUCUUACAAGUGGAUAUUGAGGUUGAAGAAAGGGCGGAGGACCCCAAACUAAACUAUGGCUUGUUCUCCAAGGAAUUCCUUAGACGCCAUGGGCUUCAUCUCCUUGGGACUACCUCCACUUGGUUUUUGCUUGACAUCGCCUUCUACAGCCAAAACUUGUUCCAAAAGGAUAUUUUCUCGGCCAUUGGAUGGAUCCCAAAGGCAGCCACUAUGAACGCCAUCCAUGAGGUUUUCAAGAUUGCUAAGGCUCAGACUCUCAUUGCCCUUUGCAGUACAGUCCCAGGUUACUGGUUCACGGUUGCUUUUAUUGAUAUCAUUGGAAGGUUUGCGAUCCAACUAAUGGGAUUCUUUUUCAUGACGGUCUUUAUGUUCGCCAUUGCCUUCCCAUACAACCACUGGAUUUUACCAGAUAAUCGUAUCGGAUUCGUGAUUAUGUACUCACUCACAUUUUUCUUCGCCAACUUUGGACCCAAUGCAACCACUUUCAUUGUCCCAGCUGAAAUCUUUCCGGCCAGGCUUAGAUCUACGUGCCAUGGAAUAUCAGCCGCGACAGGUAAGGCUGGAGCUAUCGUUGGAGCCUUCGGGUUCCUAUAUGCUGCUCAGCCACAGGAUAAGACCAAGACAGACGCAGGAUACCCACCGGGCAUCGGAGUCAAGAACUCACUGAUCAUGCUUGGUGUCAUUAACUUUGUUGGUAUGCUCUUCACCUUCCUCGUCCCUGAGCCCAAAGGCAAGUCCCUUGAAGAACUCUCCGGCGAGGCUGAGGUUGAUAAAUGAUUAUGCCGUGAUAUAUUUGUCAUUGGUUUUGUGCAUUCUUACCUUUUACGUUUUUUUUUUGCGAUGAGUGAAUUAUAUUUGCAAUGGUGUACUACUUCUACUUUUGCUUUUUGUUUUAAUGUGUGUGCAACCUGUUAAGAAGUAAACUCAUGUUAUGUUCAUAACUGUGAAAUUCUAGCCGCUUAACACGGCCCAUGAA